AUGUUUUCAAACCUGCAGAUUAGGCCUGCACGAUCUCAUCGUCGCAAACCAAGUUUGACUCAUCGUGCGGGAGUUUCCAAACGCCGUGUGUCUACCGUUUCGGCUGCGACUGUCAACAACGUCCCUUCUUUGAGCUUGAUGAAGGAUUUGUUUGGUGAUGAAUUCCCAGAAGCAUUCGCAACAAGCAGCGGCCUUGGACGAGCGAGCAGGAAAACUAUACUGGAUCUUCCCGCUGCGCUGUUGUCCCUGACGUGUGAUCACCUCUCGAAACUGGACAUCAAGAGACUCCGGCUGACGAGCCAAUAUCUGGCGAAAAACGUGGAUCUACGAAUCGAUCGAGUGUACAUCUCACCUAACCGCGCUAAUCUGGCCUGUUUGGAAUGGAUCUUAAAGCAUCCACGACAUAGCAACAGCGUUCGAGAAAUUGUGUGGGAUGAUGCACAGCUCGAAGAGUACCCUACCUUGGAAAGUUUUCGCCGAGCAAUAGAUGCUGAUGAUUUGCAAUGGACAAGGAAGCUCGAGGAUCGCUUGGAGGCGUCCACUCGAGACCGCACAGACGGCGACUACUAUCCCCUGGAACGAGAUGACUUCUUCCAUCAAGAUGGACGAUUAAGCGAUCCAGCAAAGAAUAUUUUACUACGAUACGAUGACAGGUUUUCUCGUGCCGUCCUGGCUCGAAAUGCGAUGAUGAUGAGUGUAGAAGACAGCUAUGCUUUGUAUAGUAGGUUAUAUCACGAAGAGCAGGAUCUCAUGAAACAGGGAGUGGACGUCGCCGCUCUCGAGCAGGCUUUGCGCAGUUUUCCAUACCUGAAGAGGGUCACUCUAACAAGCGAGGUAUGGCGGCCAUGGCACUUUGUACCUCGCUACGAUACGCCGUUCAGUCGAUCUUUGCCCAUAGGUUUUCGGAAACCUACUGUAUGGCCAUGGUGUGGUCGCCGUCCAAGUCAACCGGGAGCAGAGUUGGAAAGCCGUACAGGGAUGUUGACAGUACCCAUCAAUGGAUCUCUACCAGGUGAUUGGCGAGGCUACACAAUCGUUACUUCUGCUUUGCUCUCACAAGGGAAUGGGGUCGAGGAAUUCUUAAUUGAUUCUGGCAGUGAACCUGCUGGAAUUAGUCACCAGAUCUUCAGACAUCCCAACCAGGAACUUGAUCGGACCAUACAGCUGUUUCGCACAGCUCCACUCCGGCGACUUCAGAUUGUGCUCUAUGACAAGGUAGAGUUUGAUGACACUGGCCUAAUGCAUAAUUACUUGAACCGCGCUCUUAGUGAGCUGUCGCAUCUCACGCAUCUGGACCUGAAAAACAGUGGCGGUAACAUGUCCUGCUUGUUUCCAGACAAGAUUCUGCCGCCUACAUUACUGGCUCAACUUAAGAUAUUUGCGCUUCGAGGAUACAUGGUCGCACACCCCAGUUUACUCAGCUCCUUGCAGCAGAUGGUCAACGCGCAGCAAAUCACUUUCGAGGACAUACUGCUAUCUUACAACCAACCCACAGCGCCAAGCCAACACGAGCGGCUUUCAAACACACAAGAGCUGUUCCAAGAACUACGAGUCUACUAUACCCAACAAGAAUACAAUACGACCAUCGGUCGACCAGUCUAUACUUGGAUCCAGCAGUGCGGCUACACACAGUACUUUUUCCAUCGAUGCCGCAUGGUGCAGGAAGAGCUCAACGACUAUCUCUACAGCGGAUGGGAUUGCCCGUUUCACAUGCAUGAGAUCAAGGAGAAUGUGGGGUGGGUAGUUGAUGGACGAGACCCCGAGUAUAAGAGGCGAGCAGCAGAAGUCAUGCAUUUGCAGAAGUCGGAAGAUGACACGAUGGGAUCUGAUGAUUGGCUCCCGGAGUUCCACUCGAGUUGA